GGUUGUUUCCCAGGUGAGAAGAUGAGAGGUGUUUGGUACAAUACCUGCACAUAAAUUUAAUCCAUUGAUCCUUUUUCUGUUUUCUAAUAAUAAAGUGGUGCUAAUGUCCACACGGUUAAAUUUUGUCUCUGCUGUUGAUUUGGCUGCAAAGUGGUCUUACCAUUCUCAUUUCAAUAGUAUACAUGCUUGUCGUGUGUAUAAUUGUUCUGUAAAAGUUUUCAAUUACCAUUGAAGUAAUUCAUUUUUUUUUUUUUUUUUUUGGGUAGAGAAAUUGAAAUAGUUCCUUAGUAAAGGGAGUUUUGGGCCUUUUGGCAUGUUUGCUGCAUUCUGCUUCACUUGAAGUGUGUCUCACUCUCAGAAUUUGGUAAAAGAAAGAAUUAUUCAAUGUGAGAAAAAAUUAUGUGCAUGACACAUGGAUUCAUUUUAUAAGCGGAUCACCUACUGCACUUGGACCGUGCUCCCACCUAAUAAUAUAUGGGAUAAGUAACUUCUUUUCCCUUAAUUUAAAGUCAAAUUUCUCGCCUUUGACUCUUGCCAUCAUGCUUUGCCAUCAUAUUAAACAACUUUUGCGUCUUUCUCCAAAGCAAGAUGCAAUUUUUAUAAAUCAUUUAUGAAGACCCUUACCAUGGCUUGCAAUCAUUGAACAAUUCUUGUCUUUGGGUAUGUAUGCGUGUGAAAUUUGAGGAGUUAGGAUCAUGAGUGAAGUUAACCACCAAAGGAUCAAAACCAACGGGAUAUGGAUGCAUAUAGCAGAACAAGGGAAAGGGCCACUUGUUCUUCUGCUUCAUGGAUUCCCAGAGAUUUGGUACUCUUGGCGCCACCAGAUAACAUACUUGGCUAACCAUGGCUAUCAUGUGGUUGCACCUGAUAUGAGAGGCUAUGGGGACUCUGAUUCUCCACUCAGCCCCAACUCCUACACGGUCGUGCACCUUGUUGGAGACCUUAUUGGCCUUCUUGACCAUUUUGGUCAACAACAGGCAUUUGUGGUGGGAACUGACUGGGGAGCAAUUGCUGGAUGGCAUUUGAGCCUAUUUAGGCCUGAUAGAGUGAAGGGACUAGUCACUUUAAAUGUUCCAUACUUUCCAAGAUCUCCAAAUACUAAACCUAUUGAAUCUGUCAGACAAAUGAUUGGAGAAGGAAGUCAUGUCUUUCAAUUCCAGGAACCAGGAAGAGCAGAGUGGUCAUUUGCAAGGUAUGAUUAUUUGACAGUGAUGAAGAAGUUCUUGCUCUUAAACAGAACAGAUAAUCUGGUAGCUCCUCCAGGCAUGGAGAUCAUUGAUUAUCUGGAGACUCCAUCAUUGUUGCCAUCAUGGAUAACUGAAGAGGACCUCCAGGUCUAUGCAGACAAAUUUCUGGAAUCUGGUUUUACUGGUCCUUUCAACUAUUACCGUGCCAUGGAUUUGAAUUGGGAGUAUCUUGCACCAUGGCAAGGAUCAAAAAUAACCGUUCCAACGAAGUUCAUUGCUGGUGACAAAGAUAUUGGUUUUGAAACCCUUGGCACAAAGGAAUAUGUGGAAGGAGAUGUUUUCAAGAGCCUUGUCCCCAACCUCGAAGUUGUUAUUCUAGAUGGUCACCAUUUUAUCCAUCAAGAGAAAGCUCAAGAAGUCUCACACGAAAUUCUUUCCUUUCUUUCCAAAAUUUCUGUGGACUAAUGGAUUUGUCUUUAGUUUAAUUGUAUUUGUAACCUGCAUCUGUGAUAAUUAUAUCAUGUAAGCAAUCUUGAAUAAAAAAUUCAACUUCUUAAUUCUUAUACAUAGCACAAACAAUUUCUGAUGGCUGCCUAUUAACAAGUUACAUUAGCUUUAUCUUGAGGCAA